AUGGAAUCGAAUUUAGCUAAUCAUGGGUAUGAGUUGAUAUCGGAAAUUGGUUCAGGAAAGUACUCUCGAUGCUAUCUGUGCUGGAGCACAAAGUAUCAAACUGACUUUGUUUGUAAAGUUAUUCAUGUUGGCGACCAAGAUGUCAAAGAAAAAUUUAAAGAAGUCUACAAACAGGAGCUAGAUAUUCUUUCGAAUUUCAUCCAUCCAAAUAUUAUCGGUGUUUUUGAUGCAUUUGAAGAAGGUGAUGAUUUUGUUCUUGUUCUUGAAUAUUGUCAUAACGGAAGCCUACAGGAGAAAGUAUCUAUACCACGCCCAUUAGAUCCAGCAAUUUUGGUUAACUAUGCAAGGCAAAUUUUAGGUGCACUAUCAUAUAUGCAUAAGAACAACGUAGCUCACCAUGAUAUUAAACCAUCAAAUAUAUUCCUAGAUAAAUAUGGUCGAAUCAAAUUAGCAGAUUUUGGAAUUGCGCAAUCGUUUCAUAUUAAUGAUGAAAAAUCUUGCAUUUUUGGAGGAACAAUAGCUUUUAUGGCUCCAGAACAGUUCAAGAAACUUCCUUACUCAGAAUUCCAGUCCGAUAUUUGGUCAUUUGGGGUAACUUUAUAUUCAUUGGCUUUUGGAAGGCUUCCUUUCACGGGAAAUAAUGUUAAAGAAGUAAUAUCUUCCAUUUGUACAGGCGCAUUUUCAAUGCCAAGACAUUGCCCUAAUGAAAUAAAAAAUCUAAUUUUACACUCUCUUGAUAUCAAUACAGCUACAAGAUAUACAGCCGACCAACUCUUAGAGUGCCUUAAUACAUCUUCUUCAUCUAUUCCACUUAUUCCAAGACCAAGAAUUACCCCUCAACGCUCAGUUCCAAUAAUGAAACAGUUAGUUCACAGCUCACUGAAACAACUACAGCCUAUUGUUAUAUCAAAAAGAUUUAGAAGAGGUUCCGGACAUUAA